GUUGGCAGCUCACGGAACUAUUUUCUCUCUCUCUCAUUAGUAAAAUCUCUCUAUUUCAGUCAGCCAUGACAAUCGAGGAUACGACACACACUCCAGGACGUAUUGAACCUGAAGUUGCCUCCUUGACUAACCUGGUAUCGACUCCAAUAUUGGUUCUGGCUUCUCUUUCGCUGGCCGCCAUUCUUUUAGCCGUUGUUCUGAUUAGACGGCAGCGAUCGAGGUCUGCAGGUAACAGCCUCCUCCUGGUGGGACCACCUGACUCUGGCAAGACGGCCAUUCUUUCGACACUAGCAUAUCAGCGAACCCUUCCUUCGUACACAUCGCUACAGACUAAUGCUGCAGUCAUAACACUCCCCGGUUCGUCUGCCAAGGCACUAAGGGUAGUGGAUAUUCCUGGGCAUCCCCGUAUCAGGGGUCAGUUUCGAGAAUACCUAUCCGACGCCCGAGCUCUCGCGUUUGUCGUGGACGCGAGUACCGUUUCGCGAAACGGGGCUGUUGUGGCAGAGCACCUGCAUCACAUACUGCACGCCCUGACAUCCCUCCCUCCCUCACAGUCGCCACCUAAAUUACUCAUUCUUGCUCACAAAGCUGAUCUUCUCAAAUCGAACACUUCAUCGAGCGUGUCGACCGAACUAGCUGUUUCACGCGUCAAAGUCAUUCUCGAACGUGAGCUUGAAAAGCGGCGCUUGUCGCAGGUAGGAAAUGUUGGGAUUGAAGGACUUGGGGAGGAAGGGGAGAAGUCGGACACGGGUGGACUGGUGUGCAAUGGUCCUGCAGCGGGUUCAUUCAAGUUCGAGGAAUGGGAAGGUGGCGAGGUGUGUUUUGCAGGCACAUGGCUGGCAGCGGGCAGGCCAGAAUCAGGUGUAGAUGAAAAGGAGGGUCUCGAUGGUUUAGAUGGUUUGAGAGAGUGGUUGACACAAGUUGCACGAUAAAAGUCGCAUUGAAACUCUCAUAUACAGUCUAACCAAUGGAUCAUGCAUAUAUCACACAUAUUGCGUACAGUCAGUAUUAUGCGAGAGUGCGCAUGGGCCAAGUGCCACACAACACCAAACAUGAAUCGACUACAAAAUGCGAUGGCUGUUCUUUUGUUUUGUUUUCAUCGCAGCCUAUUAGACAGUGCCCGUUCUACCGUGUCUUUACUGACUUCUAGGAAGGACGAAGGCGAUUCGGCGAUGCGGAGAGGGAUGCAUGGACGGGAAAAAGAGCUCUCGCACUCGCUUUGUUGUUAUAAUAGGGCCCAUGGUCGCGAGAGCGUCAGACCUUUCCUACACUUGUACCAAAAUUUGUUUAAAAAUUGAAUGUGAUUAGAGUUCGAUAGCAGUCCAGUUAGCAUUAUGUUAGUUUGCU